AGUUUUGGAAGAGCGCAGCACUGACAUAUUUCACAUAUGGUCUACUCACUCGUUUUUAAAUAAUUUUAUCAAGAAUGCCCACAAUUUCUUUAAAGCGCGAUGCGCUUUUCGCCGCACUCGGUUCUACAUACACUGAUGAAGAAUUUCAAGACCUAUGUUUCAAAUUUGGUUUAGAGCUUGAUGAAGUUACUACGGAGAAACAAAUGUUAAUUAAAGAACAAGGUGACCAAGCAGAUGCUGAAUUAUCUGAUGAGAUCCUCUACAGAAUAGACAUCCCAGCCAAUAGAUAUGACUUAUUGUGCCUCGAAGGACUUGUUGAUGGUCUAUUAGUGUUCCAGGGGAAGAAACCUCCACCUCAGUACAAAGUGAAAAAAUAUGAAGACUGUAACUCUUUACACCUAACGAUGGCCACAGCACAAAUAAGACCCUAUGCUGUAGCAGCUGUACUUAGAGGCAUUACUUUUACAAAGGAAUCUUAUGAUAGUUUCAUUGAUCUACAGGACAAACUGCACCAAAACAUUUGCAGGAAAAGGACUUUAGUGGCUAUAGGAACACAUGAUCUGGACACUAUACAUGGUCCAUUCAUCUAUGAUGCAUUGCCUCCAAAUGAGAUUAAGUUCAAAGCUCUUAAUCAGCCAAAAGAAUUAACUGCACCUGAAUUAAUGGAGUUAUAUUCGAAUCACGCCCAAUUAAAACAAUAUUUAGGAAUCAUAAAGGAGAGCCCAGUGUAUCCAAUCAUCAAAGAUAAAAACGGAGUGAUAUUGUCUAUGCCUCCAAUAAUUAAUAGUGAUCAUUCUAAAAUUACACUAAAUACAAAGAAUGUAUUCAUAGAAUGCACUGCAACUGAUUUAACUAAGGCUAUUGUAGUUCUGGACACGGUGGUCAGCAUGUUCUCGAAAUACUGCACGAGCGAGUAUGAAGUACAACAAUGUAAAGUUUUCUCUCCUGAUGGAACUUACGAAUUGUAUCCCAAGCUUCAAUAUAGAGAAGAACUUAUUAAUGUUGAUAAAGCCAACAACUAUAUUGGGAUCAGUGAAGAAGGUGAUAAGCUAGCGUCGUUGCUGUCCCGGAUGUGUCUCCAGACCGCGCACGAGGGCUCCGUGCUGCGCGUGCGAGUCCCCCCCACGAGGCACGACGUCAUUCACGCUUGCGACCUCUACGAAGACAUCGCUAUAGCAUACGGGUACAACCGCAUAGCGCGGCGCCCCGCCCGCGCCGUGACGUCAGGCGGACAGGACCCCGCCAACAAACUCACGGAGCAGCUGCGGAACGAGUGCGCCCGCGCCGGCUACACUGAAGCGCUCACCUUCACACUUUGCUCCCGUGAAGACGUAUCUACGAAAUUGGGUGUUAAAAUCGAAGAUGUACCGGCCGCCCACAUCUCCAAUCCCAAGACCCUGGAGUUCCAAGUAGUCCGAACGUUGUUACUACCCGGGCUGCUGAAAACCAUUGCUGCAAACAAAAAAAUGCCUUUACCCUUGAAACUCUUCGAGAUCAGCGAUGUUGUGCUUCUAGAUGAGAAUGCCGAAAGCGGGGCACGCAACGUGCGGCGCGCGUGCGGCGUGCACUGCGGGCGCGCGGCCGGCUUCCAGCACGUGCACGGCCUGCUCGACCGGCUCAUGGCGCAGCUGCGGGUGCGGCACCGCGACCAGUACGCGCUGCGACCUGCGCAAGAUCCCGCUUAUUUCCCUGGUCGCUGCGCUGAAGUUGUACUUCAAGGAAAAGUAAUCGGAAAGAUUGGAGUCAUCCACCCGAAUGUGCUGACAGCAUUCGAGCUUACGAAUCCGUGCUCUGCUGUUGAAAUAGAUAUUGAACCAUUCGUGUAAAUGUAAAAUGCAUUUUGUGUUAAAUUUACGAAUGUACACACACAUUUGAUAUGAAAAUAAAUUUAAUUUUACAGCUUG